AUAGUUAUUCAAAGUUACAAACCUACUUUUACCCAUAAUACAGCAGUUAGAGUAUACUGUAGUCAACAAUUAAUCAAUAUUAGCAUUAUUAUUAUUCUUGUCCCUCAAGACAAACUGGACAUCGCCACGGAGGUGAUCAGAGACAAUCUGGGGAGGAACUGGCGCAAACUAGGCCGCAAACUACGACUGGGGGAGACCAAGCUGGACUCCAUCGCCACACGGCAGCCCACCGAUCUGGAGGAGACCGCCAUGGAGCUGCUGAAGGAGUGGAGGAAGAUUAGAGGACCUGAGGUCCAAACAAAGGAGCUGAUAGCAGCUCUAAGGGACUGUCAGCUCAACCUAACUGCUGAUAAAAUCCAGGAGAAACUUGAACAGAAGGGAUUAUCCAGCUCAUAUUAGACCAGUAUCAUCUUAGAAGCACGGAGGAAACCUGGGACUUUAUGAAAUAGAUUAUAUUUGUAGAAAUUAACAAAAUGAUUUUUGUAAACAUCUUCUUCCUUACAGUUGUCAAAUAUUUACAAUAUACCAGUGUUGCAGCUUCAUUUACUGGAACACCAGUGGGUGCUGUUAGGUAGCUGGUUUAUAUAAAAACAUUGUUACCGUUUUUACAUAAACAUAAAUUAAUUUCUUGAUUUCCAAUAAAGAUAGGAAACAAAAACGCAAA